AUGGCUCUGUACCAACCUUCUCAGUAUGACCUGCAACAGAUCCAAGCAGCAGCAACUCGAGGCGAUGAAGUCCUCUUUUGGCAUGGCAAUGCCCAAGCAGCAACCACACCCGAUGGCAUGGCGAUAGCAGUGGCCCAUAACGGUGGAAGCGCAAUGGCACUGGCCAAACCGCGUAUUGUCGAGCGUCACGUCACGGUUGAGGUCGAACGUCCACGAAGCAGAAGAAAGUGCUGCACCAUAACGCUGGUGAUUCUGGCGCUACUGGUCAUUGCUGGCGUAGCGACUGCUGUUGUUAUAUUGAAAUUCGACUGA